AUGGCGGCUACCGGCGCUCAGUUGGGCUCGUCCAGCAGCUUCUCAACCCGUAUCUCUCUCCGAUGGGUGCCCGAACCCCCAGAGGAGACGACCGAUACCAUUGUUCUCACCGUGGGAGAAUGGUUCAUUGAUUUGCGCAUGGACAAGGCAUCUGGCGCGAUUGACUGGGCUAUGGCCGGUACUCGAAUCGUGGAGAACCCAGGUGAAACACCGGUCAAGGUGCGCUUCACCCGCGAGCUGUGCUCACUGAAUGAAAUCGGCAUGGUCGAUCCCGCCAGCUUUAGCCCUCUCCCCAACGGCGACGAUCUCGAAACUGGCGAGAUGCCCCGCGCCGAUCUCCCCGGUGCGCCCAUGACGGCCUUUGAGGAGGUUUGGCGCGAGUUGCCAUUCAGAGAGGGCCCGGAGGGUGCCAAGAAGGGUCUCUCGUGGAUUCUCGAGUCCGAUGAUAGUGACCUCAAGCCAUCCGAGACCGACGGCGAGGUGACCGUGACUAAACUGUUCAUCGGUCGAAUCUGGGGCACCUAUAUGGCGUUCCAGCAGGUUCAGAUUCAUUCUCAAGAGAAGGGUUCGGACGGUAGCUGGUCAUUGAAGAGAACUGGUGCUGAAGUCAGCGCGAGACGAGAGGAGUGGAGUUCUGGCUGGGAAGAGAAGUAUGUUGUCGGGCCUGAUGCGGCUGCUUUGCCGUCGAUGAAGACUGGAUUUGAGGGCGAGGGCCAGGGUUCUUGGAGGAUUCCUGGGGAGAAGGUGGUUAUCCAAGGAAAGUCUUUUAUUGUUCGGGCAUUUGAGGAGAUUUAA